GACACACAUUCUGCAUCAAAGCAGGUUAAUAUCCACAAGGAUCAAAAUGCAGGAGAUGGUCAUUGCUGCUUUUCUUAUGGUGACUUCGUUUCCUUUUCUGCAAGCGGUGGAUCCCUCAGAAAUGAACAAGCAGUUCUAUUAUGAUUAUAAAUCACUCAAAAUUGGUGGCCUUAUUGUGGCAGGAGUGCUGUGCGCCAUGGGCAUUAUCAUUCUAAUGAGUGGAAAAUGCAGAUGCAAAUUCAACCAAAAUGAGCGCCGUAAUCGAGCACAAGAGCAGCAGCUGAUACGUCCAGGAAGCGCCUGCUAAACUGGAUUCUUCCUGCCAAUGGUUUUCUAACUACUCUGUGACUUGAGAAUUUGCUUUUCUUACCUUUUUUUGUUAUGCAAACUAUUUCUUUUUAACAUUUUUGUUUUGUUAUUAAUACAAUAAAACGUGUGUUUUCGUA